UUGCCUGCAAAGUCCUGCUCCUGCUCCUGCAAGCGCCGGCCCAGCGCACACACACCCGCUCGCGCCUGCUGCUUGAACACCUGAGACACACACAUGCACAGACACAGAGUCAGACACUGACCAGCAGUGGAGCGCCGUGGAGAGAAGCACACACGCGCAGGGGCGAUGAUAGAGGCAGAAGGAUACGCAACAGCCAAGUGAACGUCACUGUGGAGUAUUUCCAAAACACACUCUGAGGGACGAAAGAGAAAAAACAAAACAGCCUUGGGGGAGCCAGACGAGCACAUAACCCCAGGAAGAGUAUGAGGCCAAGAUGAGCUGUGCUCAGGCUGAACCAGAGGAGAGGCCUGCUAAUGCUAACAGUGCUAAUGCUAGCCCCACUGCAAAUGCAAAUCUCAACUCUACCCCCAACCCUAGUGUUGGUGGCAGCCCUAAUCCCAACACUAAUGCAACAUUAAACCUCAGCACUAAUGCACUAACUAAUGUUAGUGCUAAUGUUAGUGCUAAUGUUAGUGCUGCCACUAAUGCUAGUGAUGAGCUGGAAUGCAAGAUCUGCUACCAGCGCUACAACAUCCACAACCGCAAGCCCAAGAUCCUGGACUGCCUGCACCGUGUAUGUGCUCGCUGCCUUACCAAGAUCUUGGACAUGGGGGACGGUUCUGCAUGCAUCUGCUGUCCCUUCUGCCGCCACGAGACGCAGGUCAGCGAGUAUGAGGUGUCUGGACUCCCAGAUGACUCAAACAUCAUGUCAUGCCUGGUGGUUCGGGAUAAGUCCUGGAGUUCCGACCACAGCAAAGAGGUAGUACUGACACCCAAGAGCCUGUCCUCUAGUGACAGCCCAUCCCAUGACUCCUCCAACUGCCUGGUUAUCACAAUCAUGGAGGUCCAACGGGAUGUGCAGCGUUCACCCAGCCGCAACGGUAGCUCUGAUUACUAUGGAGACCACAGUCUGGACUCUGUAUCUGUAGCCUCAAACAGUGGGGCCAUGGACCAGGAUGCCUUGUCAAAGUUCUGCAAUCAUGUACCCCGGAUCCUUGUGUGGCUUCUGGGGUUCUUCUAUUUUGGCUCCUUGCCCUUGGGCAUCUACUUGCUGGUGAUCCAGAGAGUGACGCUGGGCAUUGUGUGUGUUAGCCUUGUGCCCUCCAGUCUCACUGUCUGUCUUGUAUAUGGCUUCUGCCAGUGCCUGUGCCAGGGCAUGUGUGAUUGCUCCGGUAGAAGCUGACUGGAUAUGACACAACUCGACAGUGCAAAUAAGGAGGUGGUGACAGACAAGCAAUGACACCAAUGACACUUUUUCGAACAUGCUGAGGGCUAUUACGCUAAGCUACCUGGUUCAGAACGAUUUCACUCCCCAACAGACAAAAUGUAAUGUCUACCAUCUAACAGUGAAACGUCAGUUGACGAAGAGGAAGAUUACCUAGUGCAGAUGCCUGUUAGUAGCAAAUGAAAGCCUCAAAACAUGGCUAGCAAUGUUCAACAUUCUGUAGUUGGCAGCUGGCUUUUAGAAUGCCCAGUAGAAGAAUUGAGGAGCCGACUGAAUCAAUGUCCACUCUGGAGAAAAAAACUCUAAAGCAAGCAUUAACAAUCAUGAACAUGCAUUUUACAUGGAAUAAAUGUUUAAAUGUUUUUAAGUUUGAAUUUUUCUUGACUGUCUGGAGGAGUGUGUCUCAGUGUAUGUAGCCAUGAAGAGCUAAUAGGCUGUUUAGGAUGAUGUCAAAAUACUGUGAUUCGCUUACUUCAUGGGUGAUGUACUGAACGGCAAGUCAUAAAACGAUGAGCCUUGUUGAUCAUUCUGACAGAAGUGACAAACAUUGGUUGUGAUUGUUAGAAGACAUUAAGAGCACAUGCUGUGGGUGAGACAGUCAUCCAUGUGGAAAAGAGAGAUGCUAAAAUAAACUGGAUAUUUGCUUUAA